AUGGCCGACUCCGAGGCGAAGGACGCUGUUGUGUGGCCGCAGAAGAGCACACACUUCAGCCGUUGGCUGCUGCCGUCGGCGUCGAGCCUGCAGGAGCAGCAGCAGCGGGCGUUUACGGCCGCUCUGGCGAGGGUAAAAGGUCGCGAGGAGCACAAGGAGGCGGAGUUGCCAACGCUGGAAGAUGAGCUUUGGUUGGUGCGUUUCUACGCGUUCCAGCUGUCGCGGUUCAUGGCCGCCAACCACCUGAAGGACUCGGUUAAGGAGACGGCACUGACGUUUUUCAACCGUUUCUACCUGCGGCGGUCGAUGCUGGAAUACGACCCUCGGCUGAUCAUGUUCACCUGUAUAACGCUGGCGAUCAAGCUCGAGGACAUGUGGCGCAACUACUACGUGGACAAGCUGCUGGGGUCAGUCGAGGGGCUGGACAUCGCUGGUGUGUUCGCACUGGAGGCGACGGUUUGCGACGCGCUGGAGUUCAACUUUCUGGUGUUGCACACGUCGGACUCUAUGCACACAAUUCGCAUGCGAUGCAUGGAGUACCUCAAAGAGAGCCUGGGCAUCGACGACGAGAUUCUGGGCGAGCACCUGGGGAUGAUACUCUCAGUCUGCAGUGACGCAGAGAAGGAUGCGCUGUACAUGCACGAGGACCCGGAGUUCAUCUUCCUCCACACCCCGACCCAGCUGGCGGUCGCGAAUUUCGCGCGGCACUGCAAGAAGCGCAUGGGUUCGCUCCUCUCAGUUAGCAAGUGGGUCCCACGCUGCACACAUGGACGCGGUGUCAGGUUCUUGGCCAAGAAGAUGCUCCACGGCGACGAGUCACGCCUGGCCGUGCUGACCGAGACGCUCCAGAGCAUAAACGAUCGCUUCGCACGCCACAUGGAGCUGCGGGCGUCCAUGGACGCGGAGGAGCAGAAGGCCGGGAACAUACUGGACCAGUAUCUGCCGCUUUACAGCACCAUAUAA